AUGACUGAUGGAGACUAUGAUUAUCUGAUCAAACUCCUGGCUCUUGGAGACUCUGGGGUUGGAAAAACAACGUUCCUGUACAGAUACACCGAUAACAAAUUUAACCCAAAAUUCAUCACGACGGUAGGGAUAGAUUUUCGGGAAAAACGAGUGGUGUACAACAGCAGAGGACCAAAUGGAUCUCCAGGCAAAGCUUUCAAGGUCCACCUCCAGCUUUGGGACACAGCCGGACAGGAAAGAUUUCGAAGUCUCACCACAGCGUUCUUCAGAGAUGCUAUGGGCUUUUUACUGAUGUUUGAUCUCACCAGUCAACAGAGCUUCUUAAAUGUCAGAAAUUGGAUGAGUCAGCUGCAAGCCAAUGCAUAUUGUGAGAAUCCAGAUAUAGUCUUAAUUGGUAAUAAAGCUGAUUUAUCAGACCAAAGGGAGGUAAACGAAAGGCAAGCAAAAGAUCUGGCAGACAAAUAUGGCAUACCGUACUUCGAAACAAGUGCUGCUACCGGCCAGAACGUGGAGAAGGCUGUGGACACGCUUCUGGACUUGAUAAUGAAGCGUAUGGAGCAGUGCGUGGACAAGACACAGGUCUCGGACACAGCCAACGGAGGAAGCUCGGGAAAGCUAGAUGCAGCAAAACCAGAGGAGAAGAAGUGUGCCUGCUAA